AUGAUUAAUUAGAAAUAAGUUUUUAAGAACAUAUAAAUUGAUCAAAAGGAUUGUUUAAAUAAUUAAGAUAUUUAUUUAUUUUUGCUUCUUGCUAGCAUGAAAUCUUAGAAUUCGAAAAAACCAAAUUUGAAGAUCACUUUAGACAAGAAGUCAGUUGCAUUAUUGUCUAAGUCAGAUAGACCACCCAGCUCCAAGUGCUCCCAAAAGACCAUAUCCUCCAAUGAUAAGACUACUGCUUCCUCCAAAAAGUAAAGUUUCAAAUUUCAGGAUAGCUUCUCCACUCCAAAUCCGUCUUUCAUUUCAGAGGGAGACAAGAAAUGUAAAUAUGUCGAAUUCACAAUUGUAGCAGUUGAACCUCACCAAUCUCAGCUCAUCCAAUUCCUUAUCCAAGAGAAUUUAGAACUUUAAAAACAAAAUUCAGAUAAAGACAAAAUCAUCACCAAACUUCUCACUACAAACAAACCCAAUUGUUUACAGAGGGCCAACACCUCCAACACCGAAAGAAAUAUGACUAAAUAUUCCUCCACAGAGCAAAAAAUAUGCGAAUCCAAGAAAACCAACUCCCCUCUAGGCUUCACUUUUUGUAACACCGAAUAAGUGACUGAUGCCAGAACCAUUCAAACCUAGCCAAUGACUUAAUCAAAUAAGAGACUCCCUAAAGAGUUUUAAAUUGUACCCAAUCAAAGAAGGUUUUUCAUCUGA